AGGUAGAGGUGUAGUGAAGUUAGUGUUAAACUAGGCUGCAUUUUCAGCUUUCUAAACACAGCUUAUAUAUAAAUAUCUAUCAUUACCUUUUCAGUCUUGACGAGAGUUUUCUAUGGCAAGUUAGAUUUUCUUUAGUGCUGAUGACUAGAAAAGAAACGUGUCGUUUGUUAGCAUUUGUUAAUUUGUUAAAUGACAGGUGAUAAUAUAUUUGACUGUGGACAGAAAACUGUUUGAUAUUAUAUAUAUGAUAUACAUAUAUUAUAUAUUUUUUAUGUAUAAGAAGAUCGACGUUUUAGCUCGCCGUUAUCAGCAUGUCUUACUUGGAGUGGGCUGAGUCUCAGCUUGCAGAGAUAGAGCUGCUGACCAGUAUGUUUCCUACCCGGGAGGAGCUGGAGCUCACAGACCAGCUGGCACUAGCUGAGCUGAGGGACUAUGUGGAGGGCUCAGCUUCUGCAGACACCCCUCCUCCCUCCAGACCCCAGUUUCUUAUCAAGCAGAAGCUCGACACUGCAAACAUGGGGAUGACGGAUGUAAUUCUGUCCUGUGCUUAUCCAUCUGAAUAUCCCAGUGUGAUGCCAGAGAUAACGGUCCGGUGUGGCGGUCUCAGCAGAGCCCAGCAGACACAGAUUCAUGCAGAUCUCAAUGCAUUCCUUAUGGAAAACUGCCAGGGGGAAGUAUGUGUGCUCUCUGCUGUGGACUGGGUGAAAGACAACCUGCAGCUCUUCAUCAGUAGGAGCUUAUCAGCAGCACCAGCUCCUGUGAAAGAGUCCUCUUCUCCACGAUCCGAGGAAGUGUUCAGCAGACUGUGGAUCUACAGUCAUCACAUCUACAACAAGACAAAGAGGAAGAACAUCUUGGAGUGGUCCAAGGAGCUGGGCCUGUCGGGAUUUAGCAUGCCUGGGAAGCCUGGUAUUGUGUGUGUGGAAGGUCCUCAGUCCGCCUGCGAGGAGUUCUGGUCCAGAGUGAAGGUUCUGACAUGGAAGAAGAUCAUGAUUCGACAUAGAGAGGAUAUUCCCCUUGAUCGUCAGGGAGAGGACAGCAGGACUGUUGAAAGUAUAGACUCCCUGCGCAAAUUCACAGGCUUUGAAGAAGCAAUGUUCGACCCCCAUGGGAACAGAGGUAAUCACAUGGACCUUGGGCAACUCUACCAGUUCUUAAAUGAAAAAGGCUGUUGUGACGUCUUUCAGAUAUAUUUCGGCAUUGAAGGGAGGUAGAGAAUAAAUGUACAUAUGGGUUUGACUGGUGCCUUGUCAUUGAUGUAACUUCUCUUGAAAAAUCACUCUGGUGCAUUCAUUACCGUUGUACUUUUUUGUUUGUUUGUUACACACGCAAGCACACAAAUGGAUUGCUGAGCACAUGGUCACAUGUGCCCGAUAAACUGAAAUAAAUGAACCCACCUUUUUAUGGAAGAUUCUCAGUUGAUACACCUGGGACCUCAUUCGAAUAAAAGACAGAACAUUUCUGCAAUUUUA